AUGGAGCCAACCCGACAACAGGUUCUGCGAGCAAACCUGAGCAAUUCUGUACAUUUUGGUCAGCCAGCGUCAAGUUUCUUGUAUGAGGAGAGUGGCCUUGAAUUACUGGCCUACCUGCAAUAUUCAAUCAAUGCCAGACUCCCAGCAAGCCGUUUCCCCAAAGAUGUUGUCGCGCACCUCGAAAAUUGCAAACAGCCAUACAAGGUUAAACUCGAUUCUGUUGAUCAUAAGUUCAAGCUAUACUUCGAUCACUGGAGAGAUCCAAGGCAACCUUUAUCAUCAUACAAACGAAUUUACCAAUUCGGUCUGAAAUGUCUACCAGGGAUGAGAAGAGAAUCGAUCAAAUGGGUCGAAUCCAGAGCAGAAGAUCUGAAAAUCUUUUACGAACCCCAGCGUCGGACCCGAGUCCUGCGAAGUCUGUCCUGUACACCGGCGCGUCACGAGGCACAGACACCGACGAAGACAUCAACCACAGAGCUCACCAACAAAAGUGUGAACAAGCGGCGACAGCGUCGUAGCCGUAGAACCGUCAAUUCUUCUCUGGUUCCUAACAUCACUCGAAACGUGGGUAGUAUGCGUGGUCAAGUCUGGUCAUUAGCUAACAAGAGAGCACAGAGUCGGAGCAUAUCUACCCAAGCGGGACCGUCCACACCUCAGCCAUGCGGCCGCGAACGCGUCAUUGCGGUGGAAAUAAUGGACAGUGAAGAAUAUCAUUCGUCUGUGGAGGAGACUGUUGAAUCUCCAAAUACUAUCUUUGAAGCCCCUCCGACACCAAUCAGUACUGAACGCGUAGGUGGCCGUUCAAUGAUUGCAGAGAAUCGGGCUGGAGUGAGAAUGGCAAGCCAUAGAACCACACAGACCAUGUGCAUUGAGAGUACCGACUUGACCACUCAACUUCGCAUCCAAAUGGAAUUUCAAGCGUUGCAAGACCGGAGCGAGAUCGACUAUUGGCGGCAAAGGUUUCUUCAGGAACAAGCCACUUCCCGCGAAUUUGAAAAGUCCGUCACAAUACUUUCAACAAAACUCAAGAAGGUUGUUGAUACCGAUGAGGAUGACUCGGAGCUGAAUCUGCUACGGGAGAUUGACGAGCUUCGUGAGGAUUUGACAGCUUGUCGAGCAAUGGGCUUGUGUGGUCAACGAGGAGAUUUUCAAGACACAGCAGUCGUCAAUGCCUCUGAGGUGGCUGCGGACAUGGCGAUCAUUCAGCGCAAAAUUCGGGAGCUUCUGUGGGAGUAUGAGAUUGAACUUGACAUUGAAGUCAUAGGAACAAUAGGCCACGAAGACUUUGUCAAUCUCCUUCAGGGCUGCUUUGGCCUUACUCGAGAUAAGGAAAGACUCCAGGAGUGCUGCAAUGUCCUGCAAGGAGUUAGCUUGGGCCAGCUUCUUUGUUCUCUUGUUUCCGUUGCUAUAAUCAAAUGGGUGUUCGAGGAUGAUAUCAGAUUUCUUCUUGCAAGAGGGUGUCUCGUUUGCCCUAGCUAUCAUACUCUCAUUGCUGCGCAGAAUCGGCGUCUCGCUGAGAAGGCCGCUUUCACGACCCACAAAGUGGCCUGCGACGACGAAAGCAUGGCAAACCUCUUGAUACCAGCUAGAGCUGCCUCGCUGGGUCGACGCCUGAGAAGGUGCAUCCUACCGUUCUUGGAAUCGCAACACAGAAGUGGAUUCAUGUUGAAAGACUCUAUCGGCAGGUUGGAUCGAUCAGCUCUUGCGUUAGAAGAAAUCUUCAAGUUAGCAUUGCAGAUCAAAGUCAGAUUGGUGUUUAGCACCGAUAUAUUCAUGGUGAAGUUUCCCCCUCCAGGCACUCCGUUCUCGAAGAAAGAGAUGGUAUAUGGGGAUGAAUCUGAUCAGGUGGCUCAUCAGCAGUCUCACAUAAAACUCUCGAUCGGACUUGGACUUAUACGCUACCCAGCAGCAGAUCGUGUUUUUCAUUGUAACCGCUUUGUGCAGGAAGAGCCUUGUGGGUUGAUGCCGGAAUUUUUGGCACCUGUUGUAGUGAUUUGA